AUGAAGACAUUCACCUGCGUCGCGGGACAUGGAUAUCUCUAUAUCCCGAGUAGCUGCACCAGACUAGGAAACGAGGCCGGCGUGGACUCCUGUCCCGAAUGCGCCAUCCUCGAACCCCUGUCUUCAUGGCCAAACCUCGGCUCUGCCCCCGUCAGUCGCAGCGGACCCUGCGGCUACAACGCCCGCGACAGCAUUGACUACAACCAGCCCACCAGCAACUGGGGCACCGGACCAGUCGCGUCCUACACCGCGGGCCACGAAACCGAAGUGCACUGGUGCGUCGACCACAACGGCGAUCAUGGCGGCAUGUUCAGCUACCACAUCUGCCAGGACUAG